AUGAUGGGCAAAGCAGGAAGCCAAGUGACUGAUACAGAGUUGCACUACCGUUCAGCGAGACGAAAGCAAUCCACCAGUGUUCGUUGCCUGAUAACAAGUGUUGCAAAUAAAUUACGGCUGCAUGAAACCGAAGCAUCAGUGUUGCCGAAGAUGAUUAUUCCUGCUACCGUGGACCAUUCGGCAAAGCUUUCCUUGAAGAUAAGACAGAUUCGUUCAGCUGUAACACACUUUCGACGCCUGGCUGCCACGCCACCUGAAAGUAGCACGAAUGCUUGGAUACCGCCAGAUCGUCCAGGCCGAAACAGAGAGGUAGAGGUCGGUUUCGAACCACGGACCUUUCGGCCAGGCCCUUUGACCAAACAAAACACCUUGUUUCAAUGCCAAGGCACUUCCUCCGUUUCACCCCCUGCUGUCACGGAUUCACGGAUUGAUACACAGGAUCGAGGCUUUUGCCCAAGUUUCCCGGGUCGGUUUUGUUCUUAUCGGUCAGUGGCUGUCGUUCACCUGAAAGGCACAAGUGAAAAAAGGAAGGAGCGUGUACAACCGCCGGAGGAAGGUCAUUCCACGCAGCUACUACCCGAAAUGAAAAAAUUUGAGGCCGGCAACUAUUCUCGUGGCGGCCCGCUGGACACGCUCAAUGAGGGUAACGUCUUUCACAACUUGGUUGGCGUACUCCAGGAGCGGUCUGACGUAGGCCCCAUAGAGUAUUUGGAAGUCCAUGCGAGUAAUACGGGAGAAGAGUACACACGAGUAAUUGUUGAAUUUUAUUACUCUAACAAAACAUUUGAGUGA